AUGGACACGGCGCUCCUCGAGGCCAUUCUCCUCCAGUGGCGCCUACCGCCUCCGCUCAGCUCCGCCGUCUCUGCCGCCGCGGCGCAGCAUGCCGAGCGCGACGCCGCCCUCGAGCUGGCGCCUCUCUCUGUGGGCUGCCUCGGCACGGAGUGGGCUAAGGCGCACGGUGCGCCGCUCGACUCGCUCGUCCAGCUCUCGGUCCAGCUCGCGUGGGCGCGGCUCGACGAGGGCGGCCUCCGCUCCGCCUGCUCCACGCUCGCCUUCUCGCACGGCCGCACGGAGGCGGCGCUCGUCGCCGAGCUGCUGCGGGACGAGGCCUCGCCGCGGCUGCCAGAGCUGCUCGCGGCUGCCGUCCGGUCGCACCGCGAGGUGGUGCGGGAUUGCCAGCGAGGCCACGGGCACGAGCGCCACCUCCUCGCCCUGUAUGCACUCUCCGCGUCGAGCGGCGCCCCCACCCCCGCCCUCUUCCUGCACCAAGCUUGGUCCGAGGUGUCGGCAAGCACAAUCUCCACCUCGGGCGCGCGCCAGCCCUCCGUCGCCUCCUUCUCCUUCGGCCCCGUGUGCCCGACCGGCAUCGGGGUCGGCUACUUGCUCUUUGCAAGCAGCGUCGAGUGCACCGUGAGCAGCUGGAAGGGGAAGGGGCCGCCCGCCGCGCAGACGCUCGCUACGCUCGUCGAGCGCUCUUCGCAAGUGGCGCGGUCGUCCGCGCCGGCGAGCAAGCUCUAG